AUGGUCAGGAAUGUAGUUGUAGGGAAGCUUCUUCCUCUGGUACAUCAUCUGGACUGUUUCCUGUAUUCAAACUGGAAGAACCCAUUUGAUGAGGCAAACACCAAAGAGAUGCCCUUUAAAAUCAGACAGAAUGAGACCGUACCAGUCCAGAUGAUGUACCAGGAGAAGAAGCUUCCCUACAACUACAUUGCUGACCAUGAUUUGCAGAUCCUGGAGCUGCCCUAUGUGGGUGAGGAGCUCAGCAUGUUCAUUCUGCUGCCUAAGGAGUCCUCAGACCCUCUGCUGAAGCUGGAGAAUGAGCUAACACAGGAGAGACUGAAUGAAUGGACCGACAGGAAAAACAUGAGCACCUAUUCAGAAGUUGUCCUUCACCUGCCAAAGUUCAAGCUGGAGGAAGACUACAAGCUGAAUGAACCUCUGGCUAAACUGGGUAUGAAGGACGUGUUCUGUGCAGGAAGGGCUGACCUGUCUGGCAUGAACGGUGAAGGGGGGCUCUUCCUGUCUACGGUGGCCCACAAGGCCUUUGUGGAGGUGAAUGAGGAGGGCACAGAGGCCGCAGCAGCCACAGGUGCUGUGAUCACCGCUUGUUGUUAUAUACCAGACACACACUUCAGAGCAGAUCACCCCUUCCUCUUCUUCAUCAGACACAAUAAGACCAAGUCCAUCCUGUUCUUUGGCAGAUUCUCAUCUCCUCAGUAGACAGAAGCAGCAGAGGAAGAUGAUGUUGCAAUUCAAAUAAAUACAUCUCUGAAAUAAAGCACAUUGAGUUUUGUGUUGUGAUGUUUUGCUAAUUAUAAAACUGUAUUUUUCACUGAAAUAUUUAACUACUUAUCAGACACGUUUGUGUACCUUCUAUAAAAUAUUUUGCUUUUCAAAAGAGAUGGUACUUCUAUAAAAGCACAAGUUCUAGUAGGUGGAAAGGCCCCAGCAAUGCUGAAAAAUAUAUACAGUUAUUACAGCAGCA